AUGAUAAGUAAUGCUAUUUUACGAUUAUUAUGGCGGCAAUGGAAUCAUCACCCAAAGAAGACUGUCAUUAACCUAACAUAUAAUGUCCAUGGACAAUUUUAUGGUACAUUUUCUGCAUAUCCCAAGACACAUGAAGCUAAAGCGGUUUCUGAAGCUGAAAAAAUCGUUGGUUAUCCUACGUCUUUCCUUAGCUUUCGACAUUUACUCACAGACGAAGUAUCCAAUGUUGCAGUGCAUAUGAAGAAAUUACUCGGUAGCCGUCAUCCAUUAAUGCAUACUAUUAGGGGAUUAAUCAAUAACAGUUAUAACGAAAACAAAGCUAAAUAUUCCUUAAUUGUCUUGCUCAUUGCUAAAGCUGCUGGUAAAAGUCAAAUGAUUGAAGAACAAAGCGUCGAUGGAAUCUACCCAACUCAGCGAUCACUAGCAGAAAUUACUGAAAUAAUUCGCAUGGCACAAAUAAUUCACACUGGAGUAGUUAAUUUACCUGAACCGAUUGCUUCCGAAGAAGACAAAGAAUUGCAGCUAGGCAAUAAAAUGGCUGUUUUAAUUGGUGAUUUCUUGUUGGCCAAAGCCAGCAAUGGAUUGGCUAAGUUAGAAAAUACACAGGUUGUACAACUCAUGUCCGAAGCCAUAAGUGAAAUGAUGGAAGGUGAAUUUCUUUGUUCUACGAUUCAAGAUGUAAUUAAGUCGGAUAUUAUAGACUAUGUCAAUUUAUGGGAGCAACGAACAUUAUUAAGAAAGGGUAGUUUAUUAUCAAAGAGUUGUCAAUGUGCUUUAAAGUUAGUUAAUCAUAGUGAAGAAGCGCAAAUGGUCGCUAACAAUUUUGGACAGAACUUGGCUUAUACUCAACAGUUAUCCUUAGAAUUAAGUGCACUUCAAUUGGAUGAUACUGGAAGUCAGAUAGAUUAUACAAGUUUACCGGCACUCCUUGCCUUGCAAAAUUCAGAAGAUAAAGCUACGUUAUUCUCGUCAAAUAUUCAAUUUUAUAAACAUCAAAAAUUGGUGCUUGACGAAGUUAAAACUGUUUACGAAACCUACAAAUCAAAAUUGUUGGAUUCCUUAGCAUACUUUCAAGAUUGUGAUGCAAAAACUGCCCUGGAGAAAAUUGUAAUAACAAACAUGAACGGAUUAAAAAUCUUUCACUUAUAA